AUGUAUCUGCCCGUAAUUUUUUGUGUCUUGCUAACCUUCCUCGUUCCUGGGAAGGAUGCCGCGCUGCUAGAUAUAUCCAGACCGAUAGUCGAUUUAGACUACGCCCAAUACCAAGGAGUGAGGCUUCCGGCUGGUGUAGAUCAAUAUUUCGGUAUCAGGUUUGCUGCACCACCGCUAGGAGAUCUUCGUUUCCGAGCCCCCAGGGACCCUAUUCGGACCUCUUCGGUGCAAGAUGCAUCAGCGUUUGGUCCAAUAUGUGUUGGUGGCGGACAAAAUGCCACUGAAAACAUUGCCGAGGAUUGCCUCUUCAUCAACGUUUUUACCCCUUCCAACGCCACACCACUGUCUAACCUCCCCGUGUGGGUGUAUAUUCAAGGGGGUGCAUAUGCGCAUAACUCAGAUGCAAACUACAAUGGCACACAGGUCAUACAGGAAUCCGGCCAUGGUAUCAUAGUGGUCAACUUCAACUACCGCGUGGGGGCUUUGGGGUUCCUCGCUGGCGAGAAGGUACAGCGCGAUGGCGAUCUUAAUGUUGGCUUGCUUGAUCAGAGAAAGGCACUGCAGUGGGUGAAACAGUACAUUCGCGAGUUUGGCGGAAACCCAGAUCAUAUCGUUAUCCAUGGUGCAUCAGCUGGGGCGGGAUCGGUCGCCUACCAUCUUGCAGCAUAUGGGGGUCGCGAUGAAGGCCUCUUUGUAGGAGCUGUGGCGGAAAGCCCAUUUUGGCCAGCCCAACGGACCAUGGAUGAGUCCGAGUCACUGUCUAGCCGCUUUAUGGAAGCUGUGGGAUGUUCGACGAUAUCAUGUCUGAGAUAUGCCAACAUCACUGCCAUUCAGAGAGCCCAGGCUGCCUCGCCGGAUCCCACCGAACCUACUCGUACAUCUCCUGCCCUUUGGGAGUUUGUCCCCGUUAUUGAUGGUAACCUCAUCCAAGAUCGCCUAUACACUCUCUUUGGAGAAGGGAAGUUCAUCCGGGUCCCUUUAAUGGUCGGCGGAGACACGAAUGAAGGCUCCUACUUCGCCUAUAAUGCAACGACUCUGGCCGAGGUUUCCGAGUUCUUGCAAAGUCUCUACCCUAGGCUAAGCGCAAGCCAAUUGCACAAGAUCAAUAGUGCCUAUAUUCAUUUGAAACCAGCUCCACUUCAUGCAAAAUACUUCCCUACUGCGUCAGCCGCUUUUGGAGAUGCUGCCUUCACCUGCCCUGGCAUUUACAUGUCCAGCUCCAUGACCAGGUAUGGCUCUCCGGCGACCGGAAAUGUUUGGAACUAUCGAUAUAAUGUCCAGGAUCCGGCAAUGCUUCGCCAAGGUCUAGGUGUCCCACACACCUUCGAGACAGAGGCUAUCUUCGGUCCGAACUUUGGAGGUGAGCCUAGUAGUAGCAUCACGAACAUUAAUGCUGGGAUUGUUCCGGUUGUGAUGAACUACUAUAUUAGCUUUGUGAAGAAGUUAGACCCGAAUACAUUCAAGGCUGACAGCGCGCCGUUUUGGGCGCCAUGGGGUUCUGGCGAAAGACUUAAAAUACAGACCAAUGAGUCGGCUAUGGAGACCAUUUCGGAGAUAGAACAAGAACGAUGUGCAUUGUGGGAGCAGUUGGCAGGCGUAAUGAAUGUUUAG